AAGGGGAGACUACUUAAGUCCCACCCCGAUUAUCAAAAUGCAGGCGCAGAUGCAGCGCAGCGCUAACCGCGCCUUCGCGGGCCGCAAGGCUUCGUCCCGCAUGGUGAUGCCCGCUAAGGGCGUCUCGGGCCGCCGCAGCCGCACCCAGGUCGCCGCGCAGGCUGCCUUCAACAAGGUGCUCAUCGCCAACCGCGGCGAGAUUGCUGUGCGCGUCAUUCGCGCCUGCAAGGAGCUGGGCCUGCAGACCGUGGCCGUCUACUCCACCGCUGACAAGAACUCGCUGCACACGCUGCUGGCCGAUGAGGCGGUGUGCAUCGGCGACGCGCCCUCCUCCGAGUCCUACCUCAACAUCCCCAACCUGCUGGCGGCCGCCGUCAGCCGCGGCGCCCAGGCCGUGCACCCCGGCUACGGCUUCCUGUCUGAGCGCGCCGAGUUUGUGGAGAUCUGCACCGACCACGGCCUGGAGUUCAUCGGGCCCAAGCCGCAGCAGAUCCGGCUCAUGGGCGACAAGUCCACCGCCCGCGACACCAUGAAGAAAGCCGGUGUGCCCACCGUGCCCGGCUCCGAGGGCCUGAUCCAGGGCGACGCCGACGCCAUUGCCAACGCCCAGCGCAUCGGCUUCCCCGUCAUGAUCAAGGCCACCGCGGGUGGCGGCGGCCGCGGUAUGCGCCUGUGCACCAAGGAGGAGGACCUCAUGCCCCUGUUCAAGCAGGCCCAGCAGGAGGCCGAGGCCGCGUUCGGCAACGGCGCCGUGUACAUGGAGCGCUUCGUGCAGGACCCCCGCCACAUCGAGUUCCAGGUCCUGGCGGACAAGUACGGCAACGUGGUGCACCUGGGUGAGCGCGACUGCUCGGUGCAGCGCCGCAACCAGAAGCUGGUGGAGGAGGCGCCCUCGCCCGCCCUCACGCCCGAGGUCCGCAAGGCCAUGGGCGACGCCGCGGUGGCCGCCGCCAAGGCCAUUGGCUACGUGGGCGUGGGCACCAUUGAGUUCCUGUGGGAGAAGAAGGGCUUCUACUUCAUGGAGAUGAACACCCGCAUCCAGGUGGAGCACCCGGUGACGGAGAUGAUCACGGGCGUGGACCUGAUCCAGGAGCAGAUCAAGGUGGCCAUGGGCGAGCGCCUGACCUUCACGCAGGAGGACAUCCAGUUCAAGGGCCACGCCAUCGAGUGCCGCAUCAACGCCGAGGACCCCUUCCAGAACUUCCGCCCCGGCCCCGGCCGCGUGUCCACCUACCUGGCGCCCGGCGGCCCCCACGUGCGCAUGGACAGCCACCUGUACCCCGACUACCUGGUCCCCCCGAACUACGACUCCCUGCUGGGCAAGCUGAUUGUGUGGGGCGCAGACCGCCAGCAGGCCAUCACCCGCAUGAGCCGCGCGCUGGACGAGCUGGUGAUCACGGGCGUGCCCACCACCGCGCCCUUCCACAAGCUCAUCCUGGCCACGGAGGCCUUCAAGGCCGGCGACGUUGACACGGGCUUCAUCAUCAAGCACGCUGAGGAGCUGAAGGAGUCGCCGGGCGUGCCCAAGGUGCGAACCUACCUGUCUGACCUGGCCAAGAGCCGCAAGACCAAGACCGCCAAGUAAAUGCUUGAUCCAAUACUCGACCUAUAACAGCCUCGUGCAGUGUCGUGUGUUGAGCACUUGAAAGCCAUGUUUGGCCCAGGCUGGGAAGAAUUGGGAGGCGGUGGAUGUGAUUGUGAGGACAUCAAGAGCAGCAUAGCAGGGGCGGGUGCGAGUCGCUGGCCCCUCGCGGGACCUGCAGCAAGGUGGCAGGCAGGCAGCCUCGUGAACUUGGUGAUAACCAUCUUGCGUCGUGUGCGUUGAUCUGUUCGCGAGUUGAGACGCGACGUGACGCGAGCCGUCAGGCGUUGUUCCACAACCGCGUGCUGAUCAAUGAUGUGUGUGAUAAAGCUGGCGUGUUUGGUUUUAGGGCACUUUCAGGGGCCGCGGUCGGAGGCGUGCGUGUGCGUGUGGUGUUUGCUGCCCGCGCGCGCUUCCAAUACCCACCGUGGCGUUACUGGGGCCCUUACCAAAGCCAGGCCAGGAGCAUGCCUGCAGCCUGAAGCGAAGGUGACGGACAUGCUUGGAGAAGAUGUGAUAGCGGUGGUUGUGUGUUGAUGUGUUGAUAGACACGUGACUUGGUGGUGUGGUGAGGGCGCAAGGAAAUGCACACGUACGCCUGGGGCCGGGGGGGGGGGGGGGUCGCGGCCGGUCCCGCCGGAAGAGGGCUCACACGCCAGAGGGCCUUCAUGCCGGUGCGCCAUUUUGGAGCGACACGCGCGGUCGCGCGGCGCGGCGCAGGCAACUGUAAGAACACGUACCG